GUCCAUCCAAUCCAUCAUAAAAAGCCACCACACACUUUCAACUUGGACCAGCAGCAAAUAAAAAAGCAAACCACCCCACUUUGAUUCUCAGAAUUGAAGCCGCCACACGUGAUCGAUGGCACCUCCGUCUCCGGCCGCCGCCGUCGAUCCCAGAAGCGGCUUCUGCAAAUCCAACUCCAUCUUCUACAGCAAGCGCAAACCAAUCCCUCUCUCACCCAACGACUCCCUCGACGUCACCACAUUCAUUUCCUCUCAGGCUCACCGCGGCCGCAUCGCCUUCAUCGACGCCGCCACCGGCCGCCACCUCACCUACUCCCAACUCUGGCGAGCAGUCUACUCCGUCGCCUCCUCUCUCUCCGACAUGGGCAUCCGAAAAGGCCACGUCAUCCUCCUUCUCUCCCCCAACUCUAUCUUCUUCCCCGUCGUCUGCCUCGCCGUCAUGUCCAUCGGCGCCAUCAUAACCACCACCAACCCUCUCAACACCACCCGCGAGAUCACUAAACAGGUCGCGGAUUCGAAACCCGUCCUCGCCUUCACAACUCGGGAGCUACUCCCCAAGCUCGCCGGGUUCGCUUCCAAUAACAUAGUCUUGAUGGACGGUGCUGAUCAAGCUGCUAAGACUAAGAGCAGUAAAAAAGUGCUGACGCUGGCGGCGAUGAUGAACAGGCCGCCCACCGGAGGCCGGUACAGGGAGACAGUGAACCAAAACGACACGGCGACUCUGCUUUAUUCUUCGGGAACGACAGGAGCCAGCAAAGGCGUGGUGUCGUCUCACCGGAACCUGAUCGCGACGGUCGUGACCGUCCUGGGGAGAUUCGCCGCGCAAGUACAGGAGGAGGAGCAAACGUUCCUCUGCACCGUUCCGAUGUUCCACAUAUACGGCCUGGCGACGUUCGCCACCGGUUUCCUGACUUCAGGAUCCACCAUCGUCAUUCUCUCCAAGUUCGAUAUGCACGACAUGCUUGCGGCGAUAGGGAAAUACAAAGUUACUUACUUGCCCCUGGUGCCGCCGAUUUUGGUGGCGCUGGUUAACGGCGCGGAUCAGAUAAAGGCCAAGUACGAUCUGAGCUCGCUGCACUCGGUUCUGUCUGGUGGGGCCCCCUUGGGCAAGGAAAUGAUUGAGGGGUUCGUGGAGAAGUUUCCUGCGGUCAGCAUUCUACAGGGCUACGGCUUGACCGAGUCAACGGGGCUGGGAGCCUCGACGGACACGUUGGAGGAGAGCCGGAGGUACGGCACGGCGGGGAUGCUGUCGCCGAGCAUGGAGGCCAAGAUUGUGGACCCCGACAGCGGCGAGGCUUUAACGGUCAAUAAGACUGGUGAGCUUUGGCUCAAGGGUCCCACCAUCAUGAAAGGAUACUUCUGCAACGAUGAUGCCACUGCAUCGACGCUUGAUACGGAAGGAUGGUUAAGGACCGGAGAUCUUUGUUACAUUGAUGAUGAUGGAUUCAUCUUUGUGGUUGAUAGGUUGAAGGAGCUUAUUAAAUACAAGGCAUUUCAGGUGCCCCCAGCGGAAUUGGAGGCUUUGUUACUCACUCAUCCCCAAAUUGCUGAUGCGGCUGUUAUACCAUUUCCUGAUGAAAAGGUGGGGCAGUUUCCGAUGGCAUAUGUGGUAAGAAAAGCCGGAAGCAAUUUAUCAGAGAUGGCUGUCAUGGACUUCAUAGCGAAACAGGUGGCUCCGUACAAGAGGAUUAGGAAAGUGGCGUUUAUAGCUUCGGUACCGAAGAAUCCAUCUGGCAAGAUUCUCAGGAAGGAUCUUAUUCAGCUUGCAACUUCUUCUUCUAAACUAUGAAGAAGUCAAGGGAAACACCAGCUGGUAGCUAAUCUAGCUAGAGUCAGUUCUUCAAAGCCUGUUUCAGUUUUAUACAAGGGCAUUCUCAUUCUGUCGACAAAUACUAGUUUAGGUCGUCAUUAUUUUGAAUCCCAACCAAGUACCCACCUGCAGGCCUUGCUUGCCCCUCUCCUAGUACUAUCAUUUUACUAUGUUUGCCUGGUGAAUUUUCAUAUAAAUUCUUCAAAUUUUUACUAGUUAUUCGGAUGAUUUAAAUCUUGAA